AGACGAGGAUUGCAAAACUACCUUUUUUCUCAAAGAAUUCGAAUUCAAAAACAAGUCAAGCUAUUAAAAGCCUGCAUGUCUUCUCUAAGAACUGUCUCAUUAUCUGAAGUGAAUGUCUAAUCUAGUGGUUCCCUGGUCGACGAGACUAAAAUGUGGUCUGCAACGGCAGCAGGCAUUGAGCAGGAAACAGGCGGGAAUUGUCCUUAUUAAUGUUUGAUAAACAAUUACGUUGAAGUCCAUACAUUGUGAAUUUCUUAUCGGCUGCACUACUUGAUGGCGAACUAUGCUUAUAUAUGGAAUUCAUGGAUGGUGGGUCAUUGGAUCGUUAUAAAAAAUUGCCUGUUUCGGUACUUGUUCCUGCAGUUGUUUCCAUUAUCUGCGGACUUCAUCAUCUUUGGACCUACAAAGUGAUGCACAGAGAUAUAAAGCCAAGCAACAUAUUGGUGAACACGCACGGUGACGUCAAAAUAUCUGAUUUCGGAGUUUCGAAACAACUGGAGAGAUCUGUAGCUUGCAGUUUUGUCGGCACCAGUGCAUACAUGGCUCCGGAACGUAUACAAGGCGGUCCUUACAGAAUAUGUUCGGAUAUAUGGAGCUUUGGUUUGACGGUAUGUGAGCUGGCUCUUGGGAAAUUUCCGUUAGUAAUGAGCACUUGUAAAAAUGUUUCUGCUGCAGUGGAAGCUAUUUUUGACAAGAAUUUUGAUAUUAUGGGUUCUUUUGAUGUUGAACAUCUUCCAGUUGACUUUGUGGAUGUACUGAAGAAUUGCGUUAUUGUGGACGAAACAAAACGAUGGAAACAUGAAGACCUUCUUGAUUGUUCAUUCGUCCGGUUGAACAUCCCUGUAGAUCUACGUCCCGUUGCGCAAUUCGUUAGUGCGGCCAUUUCCUGA